GCUCCCUCCAGCUGUCCGGGCCCUGCGGGACCUUAGCGAGUUCCGCAGGGCCUGCAAGACGGAGCUGUUCCGCCGGGCUUUUGGAGGAACCAGCCGCUGAUUGUGCCCCCCCUCCUCUGGCCCUCGACAUCUGGGCCGUCUGUCAUCCGAGGAGACUUGCCAUUCCCCCCCCCCUUUUUGGGGAAGAGGGAAUUUUAAAAUUGGAAUGCUGGACGCCACUCACACUUCCAUUUUACUGAGAUCUACUGUAUACUUAUUAGAAUUAAUUUCUAUGUUUUUAUCGCUGCUUUUAAUGUUUUAACUGUCUUAUAUAUAUAUAUAUAUAUAUAUAUAUUUUAUAUGUUGUACACCGCCCAGAGCCCUUCGGGGAUGGGGCGAUAUAAAAAUCUAAGGAAAUAAAUAAACAAACAUAGGCUCUUGUACCCAAGUUUCUAGAUUACUUGCUCUAAAAUAACUUGCUGUUCUGCUGGUAGCUGUUUUGUCAAAUCCAUACCAUUUUCAGAUUUUCUUCUCAGUUGCCAAGCUUGUGAGGCUGAAAUCUAGCUCAGUCUCUGACACCCUGUCCGAGUUCUGCAUUUUUCAGGCCUAGAAUUUAACUGCUGGAGUCCUACUACUGUGACUAUCCAUGUCUUUCACUUCGGCCCUUUCUAUCUGGGUAGUUUUCUUCACAAAUGACAACUGUUAGAAGUUGCCUUAUCCAGGAAUUUUAACAGGAAGACCCAAGGGAAUGCUUACAUCAAGGUAAUUCAGAUCACUUAAGAGGAAAAAAAAACUUGGGUUAUAUGAUACCCUGUCAGUGACAGAAAUCACUAGAUAGCCAGUCACUCAGUCUAGCUCACAGAUAUGUUGUGAGGAUAAAGUGGCGGGAAGAAACAAAGAGGCUGCCGUAAGAUUUUUUAAAAGUUAAAAAAAGAGAGCCUUUGUGCUGGCCCUUUCCCCACUGUUCAAGUAUUCACUUGAACCUGUGCACCUGCAAUUUGUAUCUGACUGAUUCUCUAUUGCAUAAAGAAAACAUACACUUUAAAGACUGCAGACUUCCAAUUGGUUGGCUCUGUUGAUAGAUUCUGUGGGUGAAUGUAAGGGGCUGUGGCCAGCAAGUGCAACCCUAUGUCCUCCCUCGUUGAUUUCUAUUUGAGCAAAUGCAUUAACUAUCUUGUUCCUUGGUAGAGCUCAGACGCACAUUUAUAAUUCAGCUAAAGGAAUAAACUUAAACAACUUUAUGUAGAUUAGGUGUGUAAAUAAUUAACAGGAUUCCCACCAGAAAUUGAGUAAAUCAGCAGUGAGAGGAAUGCAAACUUUUCUUUCGGUGUUCAUGAUGGGUUACAAGAGCUGUGUUUUUACUUUUAUACUAGUGGCGUCAGGGGAGCUUUUUGCAGAAGACAGGCUUUGUGACUUCCCCAGCAUAGAAAAUGGAAGGAUUGCUUUGUACUAUUAUAGCUUUAAAAACUACUACUUCCCAAUGAAGAAUGAAGCAACACUUUCAUAUUACUGUUUGGCUGGCUUUACAACCGAAAAUGGGAGUCAAGAGGCAAAAAUAACCUGCACAAUGAGAGGCUGGAUCCCAUCCCCCAAAUGUUACAAGAAAUGUACCAUACCUCUCUUGGAUCAUGGUGUAUUCCUUGACACAAAACCCACUUACAUAAUAUGGGAGACUCUACAAUACAGUUGUAAUUCAGGCUAUUUGACUCCAGGUGGCAGCUGGAAUGGAACUAUACAGUGUAUUCCAGAUGGGUGGUCACCUCAGCCAAGAUGCAUAGAAGCAAGUGAGACCUGUUUAGCACCACAGUUGUUUCAUGGCCACUACUCUACAACCCAGAAAAUUUUCAAGCUGAAUGAGAUACUCCAGUAUGGAUGUGAUGAUGGAUACCAGUCUGCAGGAGGGAACUCAGUGGGAAAAGUACAGUGUGGUCCUGAAGGAUGGCUCUUUACUCCCAAAUGCACUAAAAUCGGAUGUUUGACACUGAAUUCUGUGGAAAAUGGAGGCCUUCGUCCCAGGAAGAGAAUCUACGAAGAAGGAGACGUGAUUCAAUUUUUCUGUUUGGAGGAUUAUUCUUUAAGAGGUUCAGAGUUAAUUCAGUGCUAUUACUUUGGCUGGUACCCAGAGCCUCCAGUAUGUGAAGCAAGAAGAAAGAAGUGCCCUCCACCCCCUCAACCCCCUAAUACCAAAUUACUGCCUGGCAUAAGAACAUAUCAUCACGGGGACAUGGUACAUUUGGAAUGUGAGCCUGACUUUCAAAUCAAAGGAACUGCAGAGGUCCAAUGUGAAAAUGGCAAAUGGACUUCACCUCCCAAAUGUGUGGAUCACUUGCCUGCUAGAACUGACUACCGAGAAUUAGAAGAAACAAGCAGUGACAGUAAUCCGAGUUUGGAAACUGAUGGGAGCUGCGGAGCUCCUCCUGAAGUGGAAAAUAGUCUCAUUCUUGGUUUGUUGUUUACAAAUUACAAAAAUGGCUUCUCAGUAGAAUAUCGAUGUCUCAGGUAUCACUUGUUAAAGGGAUCAAGUACAAUUCGCUGCAUGCAGGGGAACUGGACGGAGCCACCCUUUUGUUUAGAACCAUGCUUUGUGGUUGAAGAAAACCUAAGCAAUUUCCACAUAAAGAUCAAAUGGAGGUUGGAUGAAGAACUAGUUUUCUUACACGGUGAUAUCAUUGAAUUUGUGUGUGAGCCAGGACAUGUUCUGCCACCUUUUGUUGAACAGCAGCAGUUGAUGGUGCAAUGUAAUAAUGGAGAACUGAAAUAUCCAAAGUGCAUUUCCAAAGACUCUAAUGAAAACUGUGGGUCCCCGCCAGUCAUAGAGAAUGGAGUUGCUAUGGAAUCAUUGAGAACAGACUCUGUCCAUCACUUAACAAUAGAAUACAGCUGCCAUGAACACCAUGUUUUGCAAGGCUCUAGGACAGUGUUCUGUUUAAAUGGCCAAUGGACUAACCCACCAGUUUGCAUAGAGCCAUGUUCCUUGUCAAAAGAUGAGAUGUUGGAAAAUAAUUUGGAUCUGUUAUGGAGUUUUGACAAUCGACCUUAUUUCCUCCAUGGAGAAUUCGUUCAGUUUGUAUGCAAGCCACGCUAUUAUAGUCCAUCAAAUUCACCAUCUGAUUUUAGAGUCAAGUGUUGGAAUGGACAGCUGUCAUAUCCAGUAUGUAUUGCAAGGAACGGUUAAAAGACAUGAAGAAAUUAUGCUUGGGUGACUCAUGGUAAAGAUGGACUUAUGCUGCAAGAUGGAAGUUUGUCUAAGAUGGGUGGUUUCUGUGCCACAAGAUCAUUUUUAAACAUCAGCCAAUUGAGACAGCUACUGACUUUGAUUUAAAGGAAAUGCCUCUGUAAUAUGUGUGACACUGAAAUAAAGGAUUUUAACACUGUU